CUGCUGAAUUUCUGGGACAUCUUUUUGCCUUUUAAUUUGGAGUUUUUCAACUGUUUCUUAUGAUCUCAUCCCAGUUUCCCCCAAGACCUGAAGUUUUUCGGGAACGGGCCGUAUGCUGAUUUUGUGCUGAACUUGGAGGAUUUGCAGCUGGGCUUGCUCGUCUUCCUCCGCCUCGUAUCGUAUUGCCGCUGGUCAGCCGCUAUCAGGGGAUCGAAGAAGGCAGCAGAAUGAGCGGCAGCGUGAACGGGAACGGCCGCGAGACGGCGGGGAUUCAGCGCGAAGUGCAGGAGACCUGCAGCAAACUCGACAAGCUCGUCGCGGAGAAAAGCACGGGCAGCGAGGAAGUGGUGGAGCUGCUGAAAGCGCUGGAGAAGCUGCCCAUCGAUCUCGACAUCCUGCAGAACACCAACGUCGGCAAGAGCGUGAACACGCUGCGCAAGGAGACACAGAGCGAGCAGGUGGCCUCGCUGUGCAAGAACCUCGUCAAGAGCUGGAAGAGUCUUCUCAAAGUGAACAGCGGGAGCAGUCCGCACGACGGCAGCGACUCUCCCGGGCAGAGCCAGUCCGCGCCCGCCAAGAAGGAGGCCCGUCCCGCCCCGGGCGGCGCCACCGCGCAGUCGGAGUCGCAGCGCAAACGCCUGAAGACGCAGCUGUCGGAGUCGGGGGCGCCGCGCUCGCCCCUGGCCGGCGCCUCGCCCGAUCCGGCCGCGACGCCGGCCAGUCUCUCGCGCUCCUCCUCCACCGGCAGCGUCCCCGCCAACGACGCUAAUGGACGGGCGACGGCGGCGACGGCGUCCAGCAAGAACGGCGAGGGCAGCGGAUUGGACACCAGCGAUCCCAACCGGCUCAAAUCCCGCGAGUUGAUCGUCAAGGCGCUCAGCAAGGAGGCGUUGGUGGAGGGCGCGCAGGACCCCGGUCAGCUGGCCGGCGAGAUCGAGACGGCCAUCUACCAGGAGUUCCACGGCGUGGACACGCGCUACAAGAACCGCAUCCGCAGCCGCGUCAUGAACCUGCAGGACAGCCGCAAUCCCAGUCUGCGCGAGAACGUCCUCCUCGGCAUGAUCAGCUGCCAGCGCUUCGCCACCAUGUCUUCCGAGGAGAUGGCCAGUGAGGAGAUGAAGACGCUGCGGCAGAAGUACACGACGGAGGCCAUCAACGACCGCCAGAUGGCCACGCAGCAGGGCGUCGAGUCGGAUCUGCUGCAGUGCGGCAAGUGCAAGCAGCGCAAGUGCACCUACACGCAGGCGCAGACGCGAUCGGCCGACGAGCCCAUGACGACCUUCGCGCUGUGUCUGACGUGCGGCAACCGCUGGAAGUUCUGCUGAAGACGGGAUCUGCUGGUGUCCCCCCGACGGGAGGUGGCUGUUAAUGGCUUGGACGUGUACAGUGCCGCGGUUGUUUUCUCUGUAGUUGAUCCGUUGACGUUGGGGAGCGGAAGGAAAUCGGGGGUGUUUUUAUGUUGGCUCGUUGAAUGGUUCCCUUGGCUUGUGGGCACUGGGCAGCGCACGUGAUCGUCUGGCUCGUAGUCUUCUGUUUGAGUUUUACCAAGUAUCACUGCAGUAUUCAGCCUAUAUACAGAAAUCUUUUACUUGUCAAUGCUGCCGGCGCAAUGUUGCUUAUAGCGCGUGUGUAUUUUAAAUAAAAGUUAAUAAAAACGUAA